AUGGAGUCCAACGAUGACAUUUGCAGUGGAGAAAGAAGAUGCCGUUGUUUUUGGCGAGGGGCGGCCUCUCUCUUUGUCUUUUUGUGUUUUUUCCUAAAUGGAACGGAGGCACAAAUCCGCUAUUCGAUCCCAGAGGAGAUGAAAAAAGGCUCACUUGUCGGUAAUGUGGCCCAAGAUCUCGGUUUGGAUCUAAAAAGACUCCGUUCUGGGCGUGCCCGCAUCGUGACGGGGGAGAACGUCCAGUACACGGAGCUGAGGACGGACAAAGGGCUUCUGGUCGUCCAUGAGAGGAUAGAUCGAGAGCAGCUUUGUGGAGACGUGACGCCGUGCAGCUUCACCUUUGAGAUUUUACUGGAAAACCCCAUGGAAUUACACCCUGUGACCAUCGAAGUGUUGGACGUCAAUGACAACGCCCCCGCCUUUAAAAAUAAUCAUUUGCAAUUUGAAAUAAGCGAGUCUGCUGCUCUUGGCUCCCGUUUUGUUCUGGAAAGUGCACAUGAUGCUGAUGUGGGUGCAAACGGUCUGCAGAGCUACAUUUUAACUCCGAGUGAUCAUUUUGUUUUAAAGGAACACGUCAGUCCUGGAGGCAGUAAAUAUGCAGAAAUGGUGCUGCAGAAAGGAUUAGACAGAGAAGAACAACCCCGACUUUCUUUAAAAUUAGUGGCUGUAGAUGGUGGAAAUCCACAGAGAUCAGGUACAGUAAAUAUAAAUAUUAACAUCCUGGAUAUAAAUGAUAAUGCUCCUGUUUUUAACCAAACGACUUAUAAAUCUAAAGUGGUUGAAAAUGCAGUAAAAGGCACUCACGUUCUAACUGUGAAUGCAACUGACGCAGAUAGUGGAUCAAAUGCAAAAGUGACUUACUCAUUUUCAAAAUCAAAUGCAGAAAUAGAAGAUACAUUUCAUAUAAAUGAGGAAACAGGAUGUAUAACUGUAGCAAAACAAAUAGAUUAUGAAAAAGAAAAAACAAUAGAGUUCAUGGUUGAAGCUAAAGAUCAAGGUGGACUGGCUGACUCUGCUAAAGUGGAAAUAGAAGUAAUAGAUUUAAAUGAUAAUGUUCCAGUCAUAAAUGUGAUGUCCUUCACUAGUCCUGUGUCAGAAGACUCCCCAGCUGGUACCACUAUUGGCAUCAUUAAUGUUAAAGACCUAGAUUCUGGAGAAAAUGGUCACGUCAGGUGUGCCAUUGAGGGCCGCGUUCCAUUUAGAAUUAAAUCCAAUGUGAGAAAUUAUUUUGCAUUACUUACUGAUGCUGACUUAGAUCGUGAAAGUGUGCCAGAAUUUAACAUCACUGUUGUUGCAUCAGAUUCUGGCUCACCUCCUCUGUCUAGUAAAAUGACUUUUAAUUUGAAGGUUUCAGACGUGAAUGACAAUGCUCCUGUGUUCCCGGUCAGCUUAUAUACUGCAAAUAUUGCAGAAAAUAACCAUCCAGGUGUUUCUGUGCUAAAAGUUAGUGCUAAAGACCCUGAUGAAAACCAGAACGCUCGUGUUUCUUACAUGUUGGAGGAGCAUGAAAUUGGAGGAACUCCAGUUACUGAAUUUGUGUCCGUUAAUGCAGAAAGUGGAGUCAUUAGUGCAGUUCGCUCAUACGACUAUGAACAAAUUAAAGAACUGGUGUUUACUGUCAGAGCUCAGGAUGGAGGUUCUCCUCCUCUCAGCAGCAAUGUGAGCGUUCGCAUGAUAAUCCAGGACCAGAACGACAACGCCCCCCAGGUCCUGUACCCGGUCCAGACGGGCGGCUCGGUGCUGGCUGAAAUGGUGCCUCGUUCAGCAGAUGUGGGCUACCUGGUGACUAAAGUGGUGGCUGUUGAUGUGGACUCUGGACAGAACGCCUGGCUCUCCUAUAAAGUGCACAAAGCCACAGACAGGGCGCUGUUUGAAGUGGGCCUACACAAUGGAGAAAUAAGAACUGUCCGCCAAGUCACUGAUAAAGAUGCUGUCAAACAAAGACUGAGUGUUCUAGUGGAGGACAACGGGCAGCCCUCUCGUUCAGCUACAGUCAUUGUUAACGUGGCGGUGGCGGACAGCUUCCCUGAAGUGCUGUCAGAGUUCACUGACUUUAGCAUGCACGACAAGGAGUACAAUGACAAGCUGACUUUUUACUUAGUCUUGGCUUUGGCUGUAGUCUCCUUCCUCUUCAUCACCUGCUUGCUGCUCAUCAUAUCAGUCAAAGUGUACAGGUGGAGACAGUCUCGCGUCCUGUACCACUCCAACCUCCCUGUCAUUCCAUAUUAUCCACCACAUUACUCAGACACUUUGGGGACAGGGACUCUCCAACACGUGUACAAUUACGAGGUGUGCAGGACCACCGACUCCAGGAAAGGUGACAUGAAGAAUAUGCAAGCCAUGAGUCAAAGUUUAGUGAGUGUGGAUGGAGCUGAUGCUGAUACACCACAUGUGACCAAGCAGAUGUCAGGAAACUUUUCACAGAUGUCAACUUUGGUGAGUCUCAUGUUUCACCAUUAUCUAUAUCUGCUUUUUAUGUCUGAAAACUUACUCAGCUUUUAUGCCGGCUCAAUACUUUUCUCCAGGGCGGUGGAAAGUUCAUGUUCCAAAGUCACUUAA